CUGUCCUUUCUUUUUUAUACGCGUCCCGUGCCAGCGGUCAGAGACUUCCUGCUUUCCGCCUUUCUCCUCUUCUCUCUUCGUCGUCGUCGUUUUCUUCCUCCUCCAAUCCUUAAGCUGCUGCUAGCAAAUAGCUAGGCAAAUACUCCAUCGAUCAUAUCUAUCGUUGCAUGGACAAGGGCCACCUGCUAGCUCUCGACUCGUCGCCGCGCCCGCUCGCCUUCCUCAACCUGCCGCCGUUCCAUCACAGGGGGACGAUGUCUGCGGACCACCCAUCAGCAGGCGGCAGGGGGCGGAGGUCGUCGGUCGAGGUGGAUUUCUUCUCCGACGACAAGCAGAAGGAGGGCGCCAAGAAGACGCCCGACCCGCCGCCGGGGGGCCUCGCCAUCAAGAAGAAGGCGGACCUCACCAUUAACGUACGUCAAUCAAUUCUCCUUCCCGCGGCGACCCGAGACGACGACGACGAGCACAAGAUGCAGCAGCUGCCGGCCUUGCAGGCGGAGCUUGGCCGCAUGAACGAGGAGAACCAGCGCCUGCGGGGGAUGCUCGCGCAGGUCACCACCAGCUACCAGGCGCUCCAGAUGCAUCUGCUGGCGCUCAUGCAGCCGCAGGCGCAGCACCCGAUCCCUCCGCCGCCGCCGCCGCGACAGUUCCUCGGCCUGGACCCGGCUCCCGAGGAGCCGUCCAACUCGUCGACGGAGGUGGUGGGCAGCCCGCGGCGGUCGUCGUCCACCGGCAACAACAAGGAUCUGCAGGCGGCAGAGCGCAGCGACAGCCCGGACGCCGCGGGGGGACCGUCGUCCACGGCGAGGUGGCUGCCGGCGGAGAGGCGGCAGCAGCAGGAGGCCAGCAUGAGGAAGGCUCGCGUCUCGGUGCGCGCGCUCUCCGAAGCUCCAAUCGUAAGCAUUAUCGCCGAUGGUUGCCAGUGGCGCAAGUACGGGCAGAAGAUGGCCAAGGGCAACCCCUGCCCGCGAGCCUACUACCGCUGCACCAUGGCCAACGCAUGCCCCGUGCGGAAGCAGGUUCAGCGCUGCGCCGAGGACCGCUCCAUCCUCAUCACAACCUACGAGGGCACGCACAACCAUCCCCUGCCGCCCGCCGCCAUGGCCAUGGCCUCCACCACCUCCGCCGCGGCCUCCAUGCUGCUCUCAGGAUCCAUGCCCAGCGCGGACGGCACGCCGAUGACCUCCGGCAACAGCUUCCUGGCGCGCGCCGUGCUGCCCUGCUCCUCCAGCAUGGCCACCAUCUCCGCUUCGGCGCCGUUCCCCACCGUCACGCUCGACCUCACCCACGGCCCGCCCAGCGCCGCACGCCCGCUCGCGCCGAUGACGCCGCAGUUCCACCUGCCGCAGGCGCCGCUCUACAACCAGUCCACCAAGUUCUCCGGCCUGCACAUGUCCUCGUCAGAUGGUACUGGUAGUACACCGCCAUCAGCAGGGCCACCCCCGCCUAUCCGGAUCGGGCUGGCCGACACCGUCAGCGCCGCGGCGGCCGCCAUCACAGCGGACCCCAACUUCACGGUGGCGCUGGCGGCGGCCAUCAGUUCCAUCAUAGGAGGAAGCGGCGGCCAUCAGCAGCAGCAGCAGCACGGGCUACAGCAGGGCGCCAACGCCAACAACAACAAUGUCACGAGCAGCAGCAACAACACGGCGACCAGCAACAACACCAACAGCGAAACCCAGUGAACAUAUUUAUAUCUAUGCAUAUAGUAUAUCAUCAGAUUAUUAAUUAGCAGCAGCUCAAAUGAUUUUAUUUGCAUUAUUGCAGCAGCAAAAGUUGUAUUCAUUCGUUAAUAAUUACGUCGUGUUUAAUUUCUUGCUGAUUAAUUAUAUUCUAGGGUUUGGUUGGUUAGUUAGUUAGUUUCUGCAUAUAUGCUGCCAAGGCAUGCAGCUAGCUAGCUAGGUGUUGAGAUAUAUAUAGAUGUAGACAUACUUCAUACAAUUAAUACAAUUCCUACUCCUUGCACUGUAUGUAAUAAUAACAGGAUUAAUCUAGCUAUCUGGAGACAGAAUAAUUUUCAAUUCCCUUUAA